AAAAUGCUGAAUUUUUAAUGUUUUCAAACAGCAAAUACAAAAGAACCUUGCUGAAACGAAAAUCGAAGGUUGUUGGAAGGGUGAAGUCGCAGCCGUCGUCGCCACCACCGCGUGUUGUGUUCCUUUCCAUGUCCAUGCGGCUUCGUGCUUUCAACCUUCUCUUCAGAACCAUUCACAAACCCAACCUAACACACUUUUCACACCCAUUUGCAUCCACUGCACUCGCUCACUCCACCCCACCCUCUUUCUCCGACACCACCCCUUCCACGCCCCCUUCACACCCAUCCACCCUCCACGUCCUUCAAACCCUCCACUCUCUCCACCACCACCCCUCCCUCGCCCUCUCCUUCCUCAACCACCUCCACCGCACCGGCUUCCCGCACACCCUCUCAACCUACGCCGCCAUCACCAAAAUGUUCGCUUUCUGGAACCUCCCUAGAAAACUGGACUCCCUCUUCCUCCACCUCAUUACCCUCUCAAAGCACCACCAUCUUCCCUUUCACCUCCUUCAACUUUUCGAAAUACUCUUCCAGGACUUCGACCACCAUAACCAUUACUUGCUCAGAGCUUUUAGUGGCUUUGUAAAAACCUGCGUCAGCCUCAACAUGUUUGAUGAGGCCAUUGAUUUCCUGUUCCAAACUCGACGCCGUGGAAUUGUCCCUGAUGUUCUCACUUGCAACUUCCUCUUCAACCGGUUGGUGGAACAGGGCGAGGUGGAUAAAGCACUGGCUAUUUAUGAACAACUCAAGAGGUUUGGUUUCAGACCCAAUUGUUAUUCCUAUGCAAUUGUCAUCAAGGCGUUGUGUAAAAAGGGUGACUUGAGUCAACCUCUCUGUGUUUUUGAGGAAAUGGAGAGCGUUGGGAUCACCCCUCAUUCGUAUUGCUAUGCUGCUUACAUUGAAGGGCUUUGUAAUAACCAUAGGUCUGAUUUGGGGUAUGAGGUGCUGCAGGCAUUUAGAAAGGGGAAUGCCCCUUUGGAGGUUUAUGCAUACACUGCGGUUGUUCGCGGGUUUUGUAAUGAGAUGAAGUUGGAUGAGGCUCAGGGUGUGUUUGAUGACAUGGAGAGGCAAGGGUUGGUUCCUGAUGUGUUUGUUUAUUCUGCCUUGAUUCAAGGGUAUUGUAAGGGUCAUAAUCUGCUCAAGGCUUUGGCUUUGCAUGAUGAGAUGAUUUCGAGGGGUGUGAAGACGAAUUGUGUUAUUGUUAGUUACAUUCUGCAUUGUCUGGGAAAGAUGGGCAUGACUUUGGAGGUGGUGGAUCAGUUUAAGGAACUAAAGAAGUCGGGGAUGUUUCUUGAUGGGGUUGCCUACAACAUUGUUUUUGAUGCUUUGUGUAAGUUGGGGAAGGUGGAGGAUGCGAUAGAGAUGUCGGAAGACAUGAAGAGCAAGGGUGUGGCUUUAGAUCUUAAGCACUACACAACGCUUAUCAAUGGAUACUGCCUCCAGGGUGAUCUCGUUAGUGGGUUUAAAGUGUUUAAGGAAAUGAGUGAUAAGGGUUUCAAACCUGAUAUUGUAACAUAUAAUGUACUGGCGACUGGGUUGUUUAGAAAUGGUCAUGCUUGUGAGGCAUUAAAGUUUUUGGAUUGUUUGGAGAGUCAAGGCGUGAAGCCAAACUCUACUACACAUAAGUUAAUCAUUGAAAAUUUGUGUUCAGUGGGAAAGGUUUUGGAAGCCGAGGCGUAUUUUAACAGUCUGGAAGAUAAGAGUAUUGAAAUCUAUUCUGCCAUAGUUAAUGGCUAUUGUGAAGCGGGCCUUGUAAAAAAAUCCUAUGAAAUUUUCCUUAAGCUGUCAAACCAAGGAGAUAUGGCUAACAAAGCCUCCUGUUAUAAGCUAAUUACUAAACUCUGUAUGACAGGUGACAUUGAGAAAGCUGUUAUGUUGCUGGAGAGAAUGAUGAUGUCAAAUGUUGAACCUGGCAUAACAAUGUAUUCAAAAGUUAUAGCUUCACUGUGCCAGAUUGGGGAUAUGAACAAUGCUCGCUCUUUGUUUGAUUUUUUUGUGCAUAGAGGAUUCACUCCUAAUGUUAUAAUUUACACAAUUAUGAUAAAUAGUUAUUGUAGGAUGAACUGCUUGCAAGAGGCCUAUGACCUCUUCCAGGAUAUGAGGAGGAGAGGAAUCAAACCUGAUGUCAUUAUCUACACAGUUUUACUUGAUGGGAACUUGAAAGAAAAUUUAAGAAGGCGUGUCUCUCCUCAUGGGAAAGGAAAUAAAACAUCAUUGAAUGUUUCUUCCAUCUUGAGAGAUAUGGAGCAAAUGGAAAUAAAUCCGGAUGUUGUUUGUUACACUGUGUUGAUUGAUGGACACAUGAAGACAGACAACUUUCAAGAAGCAGUAAGCCUAUUUAAUAAAAUGAUUGACAGUGGACUAGAACCAGAUACUGUAACAUACGCUGCUCUGGUCUCUGGCUUAUGUAAGGGAGGGCACAUGGAAAAGGCCAUUAUACUGCUUAAUGAAAUGUCUUCCAAGGGAAUGGAACCAGAUGCGCGUGUCAUCUCAGCUUUGAAACGUGGUGUUAUAAAAGCUAGAAGGGUGCAUUUUCAUGAGUAGUUGGUCAGUUAGACGGUUUGCACUUGGAUUUGUUCUGAUUUCUAAAGUUUAUCCUGCCAAAACCUAAAGGUUGAAAAGAGAAGGACUAUGCUGAGAUUGCAUAUUGGUUACCAGGUCAUUGCAUGUAGAAACAGAAAAGUAUAUUCUACAGAGUAGUAAGGCUCGACAUUCCUUAUGUUCCAGUAGCAUCUUCCUGACUUGGCUUUUUUGUCCUGGGGUGACCCUGUCUUUACCAUGUGAUCUAAACAUUGGUUUACCUUCUCUCAGAGUAUGCCAAAGGAACCUGUUAGGGUCCUGAAGAGCCUCUGGCCUUUGGGAGCACAGUCCUGGAGACUCAACCAUGUGACAGUGUAGCAAGUGGAGAGCUCAACAUAAAAUGUUUUUUUUCCCAUCUAUGAUUUUCACUCUUCCAUUUAUUAAUUGUCAUGGUCAAUUAUUUUAUUUGUGUAAAACAAUAUGCAAUAAAUUAAUCCCUCAAUCCAGGUUUAAAAUAGUCAGUGUGACAAGAUUACUUUUGGAUGAUCUUUAAGACUGUUUCCAAAAUGGACCCUGGUGGUAACGUAUUUUCAGUAGUUACAGCCUGCUUUACCAUUAUGGUGGUAUGAAAUUUUGGGCCUACUGGUAUUCUGGCUCUUGAUUUAUGAAAUAUGCGGAUGAUAUCAUAACGUAUCUAUCCCUUUUAGUCCUCUUUAUAUCCUUUUUCUCUUUCAUUAGUCUACAUACUUCACUUAAUCUACUCGGAAAUGUUUCUGUUAUAGGUUCUUUUUUCUGAAGAAAGUCAAUAAUCACCCUAGAAUCAGGGUUUACGUGUAUGCCCCCAAAGGAGCUUUCUGCUUUUCAAACUAGAAUAAGACCAGUACACUGAAAAUUAAAACAAGAUCCCCCUAUACACAUAAGAGGACCUAUUUAGAGGAAUUAUGGUAAACCGGAUAAUAGAAAAAAUUGCAGAACCAACUAACAACCGUUACAACUUUGACCCUUUCCACCUAUCGAUUUUUCUUGGAGUCAAUCCUAACAGGGUUUUUAAGAAUAAUCGGAUUUAAGGAGGGAAAUAAUUGUAAUAUGAUACUAAAAUCUGGAUGGAACUAUCUGAUCAUUUUUGUUACUUUCUUUAGGUUUAUUCUAUAUCGAUGACGAAACUGUUGAUAUGUUACCCAUAUUUCUGUUAAACUUGAAACUUACAUUCUGGCAAAUUUCCCCUUGCAUCUCCAAAAAAUAAUUUAGUGUAUUUUUGGAAAGAUGUUUUGCUGUUUUCUACUACUUAAGUUUAUUGGCCUUUGUUGGGGAAUGCUUAGUUUAAUUAUUCUCAUGAGAAGUUAUUAUGAUUUCAAGUGAUUUUCAAACACCUUUUAACUGGACACAUGGUAUGUGGCAUUUCUUUCUAAACACUGCUGGCCAUACCUUGUAAGUAAAUACUAAAUUGCCUCGUUAUUUACUUUUUUGCUCGACCCAUGUUCUAGUUGAGUAUUGAUAUCAAAAACAUAUAAUCCUUCUCAUCUUUUAUUUUGUUAGGUUGCGAUUCAAUAUUGAUCUCCAGUUUGAUUCUCUCUGCAGAUUCUUUUUGGCAUUAUUAUUUUUCCCUCAACAAAUAUGCUUGAAGAUCUUCUGCUAACGGUGAAAUCAGAUAAAGAAUUACUCUGUAAAGUAUCUGUUGAUGGAAGAACACAAUCAUGAUGUUAUACUGCUAUCCGAAUACUAUUCUUUGGUUCAUAUGGAUUUUGCAGUGUUCCAUGUCUAGCUAAAUCCAGUGCUACAAUUUUGGCUGUGAUGAAAGAGGGACGUGGAGAUGAAACGAAACUACACGCUCAAAUAUUAACUUGGUCAUCGAUUUGCCUUGUUUUAUUGACCAACCAUAAGCCUAUCCUGUUUGCCUAGCUUUGGCUGUGUAACAUGGAAGUGGAAUUUAAUAAUGUUAUAAUGAUUGCUUGCCAAGUACUCGGUUAGGAUAGGGUUUACUAAAUCAUUGUUUCUAUUGGCUGAUUAUACCUCACUUCUACAACA